AUGGCUCUAAAAGGGGUCAUCCAAGCGGGCCCUUACUGCAGCCCAUCAUCAGCCUUCCAGGAUCGGGCUAAGAGCCAUACAGCUACCCGGCCGCAGUGGCCGAGACGGAAGCCCAACCCGCUCGCACGCACGCACGCGCGACUCGAGGCCAUCGCCCUCCUUCGCCCGCAGGCCUCACCCUUCCUCCGUCCCUCCAGAUCGAACCAAAGAGGAGGCAGCAACCACCGCACGCCACUGCGGCGCCAGGAGCUCGCAGAAGCACCGCCCCGCGAGAGGGAGGCCAGAGCAAGGAGGAGAUCCGGCGGCAGAGCAGGUCGGUCGGAGAUGGGAGUCCCGGCGUUCUACCGGUGGCUGGCGGACCGCUACCCGCUGACGGUGUCGGACGCGGAGGAGGAGGAGCCCGUGGAGCUCGAGCCCGGCGCCUUCGUCCCCGUUGACCUACGCCGCCCCAACCCGAACGGCCUCGAGUUCGACAACCUCUACCUCGACAUGAAUGGCAUCAUCCACCCCUGCUUACACCCCGAGGGCCGGCCUGCGCCCACCACUUACGACGAGGUGUUCAAGUCGAUUUUGAUUACAUCGACCACCUCUUCGGCCUCGUCCGCCCCAGGAAGCUCCUCUACAUGGCCAUUGGCAGUGGAGGAGGAGAGGCUGAGGAAGGAGUUUGAGGCAGAGGGUAGGACUCUAGCCCAGAAGGAGAAGUCGGAGGCAAUCGACUCCAAUGUCAUUACUCCAGGGACGCAGUUCAUGUUUGUACUAUCUACGGCGCUUCAGUACUACAUACAGUUGAGGCUGAAUCACACGCUUGGAUGGCAGUCUGCCAAGGAUGCUGAUUUGAUUAUGCUUGCUCUAGCAAAUCACGAGAUCCACUUCUCAAUUUUAAGAGAGGUGAUCUCCAUGCCAGGGCAACAAGAAAAAUGUUUUCUUUGUGGUCAAGUUGGGCAUUUGGCUGCUGAAUGCAGAGGUCCUAGUCAGCCUGAUAAUUCUGUGGAGCUACCUCCUAUUCAUAAAAAGAAGUACCAGUUUCUUAACAUAUGGGUGUUGCGUGAAUACCUGGCAAAGGAUCUGGAAAUUGUAGAUGCUCCCUUCAAGAUAAACUUCGAACGUCUUAUUGAUGAUUUUGUGUUUAUGUGUUUCUUUGUUGGCAAUGACUUUCUUCCUCACAUGCCAACUUUGGAAAUUCGGGAGGGUGCCAUUAAUCUUCUCAUGAGUAUCUACAGGUCGGAGUUCACAUCAAUGGGUGGUUACCUAACUGAUGGGGGUGAGGUUAUAUUGGACCGAGUGGAACAUUUCAUCCAGUCUGUUGCGGUCAAUGAAGAACAAAUUUUCCAGAAACGGGCACGCAUUCAACAGGCACUUGAGAACAAUGAAGAGAAGCAUAGAAUACAGAGAGAGAAUUCUGAGGAGAAUCAAUAUGUGGAUAAGGUAAAGUUAGGAGAGCCAGGAUACAGGGAGCGUUAUUAUGCUGAGAAGUUUAAAGAAGAGGCGGAGUCAAAACCCAUUGAUCAAGUUCGGAGAGAUGUUGUCCAGAAAUACGUGGAAGGUCUUUGUUGGGUUAUGAGAUACUACUAUCAAGGUGUUUGUUCAUGGCAGUGGUUCUAUCCCUAUCAUUAUGCGCCUUUUGCAUCUGAUCUAAAAGGCUUGGCUGAAUUGGAGAUAACCUUUUUCUUGGGUCAACCUUUCAAGCCAUUUGAUCAACUAAUGGGAACGCUACCAGCUGCAAGCUCCAAUGCACUGCCAAAAUACUAUGGGGAUUUGAUGACUGAUCCAGAUUCACCAUUGAAGUCUUUGUAUCCCAAAGAUUUUGAGAUAGACAUGAAUGGGAAACGUUUUGCAUGGCAGGGUGUUGCAAAAUUGCCUUUUAUUGAUGAAAUGCGUCUGCUUGCGGAGACAAGAAAACUUGAAGAUACUUUGACAGAAGAAGAGAAAUUCAGGAACAGGACUAUGUUUGACAUAAUUUAUGUUAGAGAUACUCAUCCAUUGACCGCUCAGAUUAUGUUCCUGUAUCAGAACUACUACCAUCUAUCAAGAACAGACCCUUAUGUUAUUCCCAUUCAGCCUGCUGUUAGUGGUGGAAUGAAUGGAUUCCUAUGUUUAUCUGAAAGGAACUGGUAUAGCGUCACUGUAACUUCUCCAGUUAGGGGGUUCAAUGGCAUUGCUCAGAACAGAGUUUUGAAUGCUACCUAUCUUAAUCCCCAGUAUCACAAACACAUCCCAGAGCCUCCAGUGGGGGUCAUCAUACCUCUGAAAGAUAAUAGUCGUCGACAAGCAAGAGAAAGGCCUCAGGUUUCUGGAGCCCUUUCUCUCUUAGGAGAAGCUGCACACCGUCUGGUGAAAAACUCCCUCCAGAUCAAAUCUGGCAAUGCUGCUGGCUUACUUGAUAUGCCAUACAGGGGUGCACCCUAUGGCCCUGGAAACAGACCAAGGCCUGCUGGACCAUUGGGGUAUGAGAGGGGUUUUGUGGAUAAUCCAUACCAUGCACACAUGUCUAGAAGUGUUCCAAACCCUCACCCUCAGUUCUUUGGUGAUUCUCAAGCUAACAAACAGCCAAUGCGGAUACUAGAACGGCCAAACUCCCGAAGUCAUGAUGCUGGUAUCCGUGCAUCAAUGUCAAAAUUGACAAUCCAAGAAGGGCCAAGGCCUCGUCAAAAUAAUAGGAUGCAGAAUUCCGGAUACUGGACCAAUCAACCACAUCCUAAUCACUUUGCCGGACCCCCAUCCCAGCGGCCUAUGCAGAACAUCAGUUUUAUACCUCAGCGACCUUUCCAAACUGGGGGAUUCCCGCAGCAGAGAUCAGUAAAUGGGGUUCCACCACCAUUACCUCCCAGUAACUGGAUUGGGAAGCAACCAAGUGGAGGCCACAUUGGUGUACCUGCAAAACACGAUCCAAGGACAGCUCCGGAUAGACAGCCUAAGCAGGAUGACCCAAGAUUGCAACAGGAUAAGAGACAGCAGGCUACUACCAAGGUAUACCAUGUGAAAACUCAAGCUACUAAUGGCAAUGGUUUGCUAGAGUCAGGUAAACAGGAAGAACCUGCAGCGUAA